UCGAAGCGGAGCGCUUUCGAUCGCCUCCAGCUCCUCUUCCUCCGGAUCAGAAGCGGAUCCGUUUCCCAGCUGGAGAGGCCAGCGAGGGGUGGGGUUUGCUCCUGCCCCCCUUUCUAGCUCAGGCGGCGGAGACCCCUUGAAGGAAGAUGGCGAACAUUGAAGAUUUGCCCGAACACGUCCUCCUGGACGUGCUGUCUCUGGUUCCCGUGAAGGACCUGAUCCGCAACUGCCGCCUGGUUUGCGUGCGGUGGCGAGACGUCGUGGAUUUGCCGGCUUUGUGGAAGCGCAAGUACCACCAGAAGGCCAGUGACCUUAAGAAGUCAAAGACAUUCUAUAUCUUCUCCCACUUAGAGAAGAAUUUAAUCAAGAACCCUUGUGGCGAAGAAGGCUUGGAUUUCUGGGACAUCAAGACACUUCCACAGGGCCAAUGGAAAAUUAAGGAAGUAUCAGAAGCAGAUUCAUUAAAACUCCAAAAGUGGGACUUUCUUCAGAGGAAUUAUUAUGUGAAAGAUGAAGAUAUACCUCAUCAGCACGUGAAAAGAUGCUUUGCUGCGUAUAAUGGGAUCUGCACCAAGUCUCAGCUGAUCACCUUGAAAGACGAAGGCUACUGGGAUGAGCUGAUGGACGAAGGCAGGCCCACCAUUGCAGUGAAGGACUGGUUUUACAGUGACCUCAGCAACAGCUAUCAGCUAUGUGUGAAGCUGUUGUCAGCAGACUUCAAAGUCAUCCGAGAAUAUUGCUCGAACGAUUUGUACAAAGGCGAUUCGGACGGCGAAGGAUGGCGUGAGGUUUCGUAUACUUUUCACAACUUCCCUCCCGGAGUCCGCCAUAUCUACUUCCAACACCAAGGCGAGAAGCUGAAUUGGUGGCGAGCCAGAUGUGGCGUCAGCAUCGCCAGAUGCGUAAGAAUAACCAAAAUGAGAUCCAAAAAUAUGAGGAUAACCAAAAGCAGCGUCACCGUCGGCCCGUUUUCUUUGGACAAAGCAAUGUACGGCAGAGAGGGCAGGGACCUGUCGGUCUGUGUCAGAUGUCCCUGCCGCGGCAACUACAUCCACUUCUGCUCCCCUCAGUCUGCUGUCAACUGUAUCUACCCUCUGUUCUUGGAAGGAAUAGCUGGACUAUGAGGUCAUCCACCGACAUGGCCCAAGAGAGAUUGUCAGAUAUAUAUUCCUCCAAUAUCCCUGCGGUAUUGUCCCUUUUUGCCUUGGAUUUUAAAUCGAGAACCAAUUGUUG